CAUUUUCCAAAAGGCUCGCCUGUCUGCAGAGAGGAACAUCUUUUAUGAGCAGAACCAUCUGCAGCCAACCGACUCCUCCACGUUUCAGUGUGUUUUAUUAAAAAAGAAAGAAAGAAAGAAAGAAACGCCCAAAACAGGCAAAACUAUUAUUCUACACUAAAAAUCCACUGAAGGCGCACAUCACAAGUGUCAUGAUGUCUGGUGAAGAGGCUCCAACUCAGCAGCAACAACCUGAGCAGGAGAAGAAGCCCGACGAGCCUCCGCCGGCGGCUGCUGCUGCUCCUGAAGCCCCGCAGGAAGCCUCCGGCAGCGGCGCCGCGGCCGAGGAGAAGCCGCUGACCUGCCGCGCUCUGGUGCUCACCGGCUACGGAGGCUACGACAAAGUGAAGCUGCAGGUGAAGACGCUGAGCAAACCGCAGCUGAAGGCAGGAGAGGUGCUGGUGCGCGUCAAGGCGUGCGGGCUGAACUUCGCCGAGCUGCUGGGCAGACAGGGACUGUACGAGCUGCUGCCCGCCCCGCCCGUCACGAUGGGAAUGGAGGGCUCCGGGGUCAUCGAAGCGGUCGGGGAGGAUGUGAAGGACAGGAAAGUGGGAGAUCGUGUCAUCGCCUUGAGUCGCAGUGAGAUGUGGCAGGAGAUGGUGGUCGUGCCGGCCGAACGCACCUUCGUCAUGCCUGACGAGAUGAGCUUCGAGGAAGGCGCCGCUCUCCCCGUUAACUACAUGACCGCCUACAUGAUGCUGUUCGAGUUGGCCAACCUGAGGCCGGGGAAAAGUGUUCUCAUACACAUGGCAGCAGGUGGCGUGGGGAUCGCCGCCACCCAGCUGUGUCAGACGGUGCAGGAUGUGACCGUUUUUGGCACCGCGUCCGCUUCCAAACAUGAGACCAUCGCCCAAGGCGGAGUAACUCACCCCAUCGACUACCGCACCAAAGACUACGUGGAGGAAAUCCGCAAAAUCAACCCGAAGGGAGUGGACAUCGUCCUUGACCCACUUGGUGGUUCCGACACCCAGAAAGGCUUUAGUUUGUUGAAGCCAAUGGGCAUGCUUGUAGUCUUUGGUGCAGCCAACUGUGUGACAGGCCAGAAGAAGAACCUGCUGGCGAUGGCAAAGACCUGGUACAACCAGCUCUCUCUCAACACCCUGAAACUGAUGCAGGCCAACAAGGCCGUGUGCGGCUUCCACCUGGGCUACGUCACCGACGAGCAGCUCUUCUCCAGGACUAUGAUGACGCUGCUGGACCUCUACCGGCAGGGAAAGAUCAAGCCCCACAUCGACUCCCGCUUUCACUUUGAGGAGGCGACUGAGGCCAUGAAGCGAAUGCACGAACGCCAAAACAUCGGGAAAGUCAUCCUCCUCCCCGAGCCCAAGAAGGAGGAAGAGAAGCCAAAGUCCGACGCCGAGGCGGGAGAAAGCGCGGAAAAAAAUGAAGAUGCCGUCAGCGAGAAGAAAGAAGAGGCCACAGAGGAAGUUAAAGCAGAAAAGGAUUGAGUAAGAGUGUUUGUUUGAAUGGUAUUUCCCCAGUGAGUUUCCCUUUUGUCCAGUUGUCCAAAAAAAAAAAGGAAAGAGAAGAGAAAAGCAAGAUGCCAUGAAUUGUUUUGACUUUGUCAGUAUUUUUCAACUGUUUAUGAAGUUUUGUUGUGCAAUAUGUCUAUAGUGUCGUGUCUUUGUUGGGAACACUUGUGUUUUUUUGAAAUAAAAGGUCACUGUAUUCUUACAUUACCUGA